AUGAACAACGAGACUGUCGGUUCACUCCUGGCCGUCAUUGCGAAUUCGAUCAACGAUGGCCUCCGUAUUAUGAUGUUCGCCGACAAGCGCGUCUGGGGCCCUGACGAGUUUGAGCAGCUGAGAUUACUGGAAGAGACCCUGGACGAGGCAAAGAAGGACUUUCAGAGCUUACCGUCACUUAUACACGGGCGAGGAUACUAUGAGCAUGACAGAAAAGUCGAAUCACUCGAGGACCUCCGAUUAUUAUGCACGCGGUUCGAGCUUCAUGCACAAAACUUCAAGGAAUGGGUGAAAACGGGCGGCCCCAUCAAUCCAAUAUGGGCGCGCGAGACGAUUGAACUUCGCAACGAUCUACACCGAGCACAAUGUCGAGCGGCGAGGCGCAUAUUCAACUCGGAGCAGGAGACAAGGACCCGCUGUCUGGGUGCCUUUCAGGUUCACAGGGUACAACGGUCACCCGAGAACUCGCAGCAGAGGGGCCUCGAGGAGCUCGUGGUUUGCAACUCGACGGGUAAAUUUGAACGCUUUGGCGAGGGUGAUAUUGCCUUUGCCUGCGACUUUUGCGACGGGCACAUUGUAUGGGAAGACCUCAGAGAAAUGCCGUCGAUUAGAAGAGUAACACAAGACGCUCCCGAACCUACCAGCGCUUCUGGUAUGGCGCCCGCGCAGGACAAGACUUGGGAGGCGAUAGGUUUCAAGUCGUCGGAUGGGGAAGAAAAGACGAUUGUGUUCGCACCGGUCGCGAUAGCAAAUCACCUGCCCCCGGAACCCGGCGCGUGGGAGGCCCGGAUUCUGUGUCCGUUCUGUGACGACUAUUAUACGGAAGAACAGGGCGAGAACGACAUGGACAGGGUGAAAUGGAAUCUCGACGAGGGUGGUUACGGCGACCUGAAUGAGUUCCACGAGCAUCUUGCCUGGAGCCACGCAGAGAGUUCACUGCAGAAAGCGGCUAACUGCUCCAUCAUGUGA